UAGUCUAUUAACGGCUAGGAUAAAAACAACACUCCAGCUAUUGCAGGACGGUGAGGUUGGGGAGGCUACAUCGAGUUGUAAACAGCUAAAUUGAAGGAAAAUCUGCACAUACAUGCAUUUAUCUAAUCAGCUCAUCAUGUGGGAGUAGCACAAUGCAUGCAGUUACAGGUCAAGAGCUUCACUUUAACAGUGGCAUGGUUGAGCGUAACAUUGGCAUGGUUGAUCAUAACAGUGGCGUGGUUAAUCAUAUCAUUGGCAUGGUUGAUUGUAACAGUGGCGUGGUUGAGCGUAACAGUGGCGUGGUUGAGCGUAACAGUGGCGUGUUUGAUCGUAACAGUGGCUUGGUUGAGCGUAACAGUGGCGUGUUUGAUCGUAACAGUGGUGUGGUUGAUCGUAACAGUGGCAUGGCUGAUCGUAACAGUGGCGUGGUUGAUCGUAACAGUGGCAUGGCUGAUCGUAACAGUGGGGUGGUUGAUCGUAACAUUGGCGUGGUUGAGCGUAACAGUGGCGUGGUUGAUCGUAACAUUGGCGUGGUUGAGUGUAACAGUGGUGUGUUUGAUCGUAACACUGGCAUGGCUGAUCGUAACACUGGCAUGGGUGAGUGUAACAUUGCCAUGGUUGAUCGUAGCAGUGGUAUGGUUGAGCGUAACAGUGUCGUGGUUGAUUGUAACAGUGGCAUGGUUGAGUGUAACAUUGGCAUGGUUAAUUGUAACAGUGGCAUGGUUGAGUGUAACAUUGGCACGGUUUAUUGUAACAGUGACAUGGUUGAGUGUAACAUUGGCAUGGUUGAGAUUAACAGUGGCGUGGUUGAGUGUAACAUUGGCAUGGUUUAUUGUAACAGUGACAUGGUUGAGUGUAACAUUGGCAUGGUUGAGAUUAACAGUGGCGUGGUUGAUCGUAACAGUGGCAUGUUGAUUGUAACAUUGCCAAGGUUGAUCGUAACAGGGGUGUGGUUGAGCAUAACAGUGGUAUGGUUGAUCGUAACAGUGGCAUGUUGAUUGUAACAUUGCCAAGGUUGAUCGUAGCAGGGGUGUGGUUGAGCGUAACAGUGGCAUGGUUGAGUGUAACAGUGGCAUAUUGAUUGCAACAUUGGCAUGUUUGAUCAUAACAGUGACAUGGUUGAUCGUAACAUUGGCGUGGUUGAGUGUAACAGUGGCAUGGUUGAUUGUAACAGUGGCAUGGUUGAGCGUAACAGUGACAUGGUUGAGCUUAACAGUAGCAUGGUUGAUCUUAACAGUGGCGUGGUUGAGUGUAACAGUAGCAUGGUUGAUCGUAACAGUGGCAUGUUGAUUGCAACAUUUGCAUGGUUGAUUGUAACAGUAGCAUGGUUGAGCGUAACAUUGGCGUGGUUUAGUGUAACAGUGGCAUGGUUGAUCAUAACAGUGGUGUGGUUGAGUGUAACAGUGGCAUGGUUGAUCUUAACAGCAGCAUGGUUGAUCGUAACAGCGGCGUGAUUGAUCGUAACAGCGGCAUGGUUGAUCGUAACAGCGGCAUGGUUGAUCGUAAACUACUUUCAAGAGAGCAAGGGCUAUUCCCAUCCUAAAGAAACCUGCUCUGAAUCCAUCAGACAUCAGUAACUACAGACCGGUAUCACUUCUGGACCAGCUCCCUCUUACCUAAAAGC